UAAAUAUAGCUGUGAGAUGAUCUGUUCAACUGUAAGCUCCUUGGAGUUUCGUGUCUGCCCUGUUUUCUAGGGUUUCCCGCUUGUAGCUGGGUGCCUGACUCAUAAUAGGUGUUCCAUAAAUGCUUGUUGAAUGAAAGAAUGAUGAUGGAGGUGGUAUUCCAACUCGGGACUGCCUCAACGCCCGGCGCUUUCUCCUCUGCUACUCUGUUUUGGUGUUUUAGCAGAGGCAGAUAGUGAGGGCGGCACAGUGCCCACGGCAUGCCGCUGGACUAAGCGCUAAGCGGGCUUGGGAAGAUGCGCACGCGGGGGGUCUGAGCCAGCCAAGGGGCCGGGCGCCGCCUGGGGGCGCUGCGGCUGCUGCGGGAGGUACCAGGCCUAGUCGCCCGCAGGCUCCGCCCGAGGAGCAGCCCAGCCACCCCAGGGCCGGCAGGAUCAACCGCUUCGACCCGCGCCCGGGCGGCGGCAGUGUUGGCCGGCGAGGCGAGGAGGGCCGGGCCGCCACGGUGGGGCGAAAAGCCCUGAAAGUUCCUCUCAGUUCCUUCCGGUGCGCCUCCCGCUCGCCGUUGCGGAGGCCCUGAGGGCGGAUUCAAGGCCCCGCGAGAAGCCAUCUGAGGCGGCGACGACUGUCCUCAGCCCCACGGGAACGCCGCGGACGCAGCGUCCCUCUCCCGGACAAGAAAACAGCCAUUCUAGAAAGCUUCAAAAAGGACAUACUAGAUUUAAUUAGAAAUGUUAAGAUUGCCCAAAAAAGGAUUACCUAGAUUUGAGCAAGUUCAAGAUGAAGACACCUACCUGGAAAAUUUAGCAAUACAAAGAAAUGCAUCUGCUUUUUUUGAAAAAUAUGAUCGGAGUGAAAUACAAGAGUUACUAACUACUGCACUAGUUAGCUGGUUGUCUGCCAAAGAGGAUGUGCGCUCUCAAGUAGACCUCCCAUGUGGAAUUAUGAGUCAAAUGAAUAACGUAGGCUUCUCCACUGCAAUCCUACUGACUCCCGUGGACCCUACUGCCCUCUUAGACUAUAGAGAGGUCCAUCAAAUGAUAAGAGAGUUGGCUAUUGGAAUUUAUUGCCUAAAUCAAAUCCCUUCCAUCAGUUUAGAAGCUAAUUAUGAUCAGAGUUCUUCUUGUCAAUUACCUCCAGCUUAUUAUGAUACCAGAAUUGGGCAAAUUCUGAUCAAUAUUGACUACAUGCUGAAAGCACUAUGGCAUGGAAUAUAUAUGCCCAAAGAAAAACGAGCUAGAUUCUCUGAAUUGUGGCGUGCCAUCAUGGACAUUGAUCCUGAUGGAAAACCUCAAACAAAUAAAGACAUUUUUUCAGAGUUUAGUUCAGCAGGUUUGACUGAUAUUACAAAGGAUCCAGACUUUAAUGAAAUCUAUGAUGAAGACGUGAAUGAAGAUCCAACAUAUGAUCCCAAUAGCCCUGAAGAAACAGCUGUAUUUAUGAAAUAUGCUGAAAAUAUUAUGCUAAAGUUAACAUUCAGUACCACACAAAUUCAACAGUAUGAAAAUGUCUUUAUAUUUGAAACAGGCUAUUGGCUUACUAAUGCUAUAAAAUAUAAUCAGGAUUAUCUUGAUAUCUGUACCUACCAGAGACUACAGCAAAGAUUAUAUCUUCAAAAAAAGAUUAUUCAAAAACACUUUGAGAAGAAAAAAGAUAUCAGAAGAGGGAUAGGAUACCUAAAGUUAAUAUGUUUUCUGAUUCCAUUUCUACUGAGUUUAAAGAAGAAAAUGAAAGUUCCAUAUUUAAGUAGUCUGCUUCAGCCUUUUUCAGAUGACAAGGUGAAGACAGAGCGAGAAUUGCCUCCAUUUAUUUAUGGAAGAGAUUUUAAAUGCCAGAAUUUUCACUACAAAGAGAAUCAAUAUUUUCAUGUUCAUGGAGGAAUUGAAUUUGAUAUCAGCACCCCUUCAAUUGAGAAUGCCUUGGAAGAUUUUCAGAAAAAUUUAGAAAAAAUACGAGAUUGUGCUGCUAAUACAUUUAUAGAAGAUUCAGGAUAUAAAGAAUAUUACUCAAUACCAGUCAUGGAAUUUCAUGGAAAAAGCUACUAUGUGAUCUAUUUUGAACUAGAAACUUUCUAUCAGCAACUAUAUAAGACACAGUGGUGGGGAGCCAUAAAUGAAAUAGUGAACAAUCUGAGACUGAAAAGACUUCCACUGACAGAUGCUCAAUUACAUGAACAAUUUAAGAAAAAACUUGGUUUCAAAAGAGCUAUGAAAUGCAAGAGUAUUCCAUUUGGUAUGAAGUCCGCUGUUGAAAGAGGGUUGUCUGCAGUUUUCCAUACAUUUAGCCGUAAAACCUCAAGCUCAACAAUCAAUGUUUCAGAUGAAGCAGGUUAUACUAUUUUUCAUCAUGCUGCCCUGCACAACAGAGUUUCUAUUAUAUGUCAACUGUGCAAUGCUAACUUCAAGGUCAACCAGAGGCGCUUUGUUACGUUCAGCCAAGAGUCAUCCAAAGUAGAAGUAAAAAAGGAAAGAAAUGGUCCAACACCUCUACACCUUGCUGCACAGGCUUGCUCAUUAGAAACAACAGUUUGUCUACUGUGUUCCAAAGCUGAUUACACGCUUUCUGAAAAAAGAGGCUGGAUGCCGAUUCACUUUGCCGCUUUCUAUGACAACGUUUGCAUCAUUAUUGCUCUCUGUAGGAAGGAUCCUCGUUUGCUAGAAGCUGAGGCAACAGCUGAGAAUCAGUGCACUCCACUGUUACUUGCUGCCACUUCAGGAGCACUGGACACUAUUCAAUACCUGUUUUCUAUCGGUGCUAACUGGAGAAAAACAGAUAUUAAAGGAAAUAAUAUAAUCCAUUUAUCAGUGUUAACCUUUCAUACAGAGGUUCUCAAAUAUAUAAUAAAAUUAAAUAUUCCUGAACUCCCAGUGUGGAAAACUUUGGUAGAAAUGUUACAGUGUGAAAGCUAUAAGCGAAGGAUGAUGGCUGUCAUGUCCUUGGAAGUAAUUUGCUUAGCAAAUGAUCAAUACUGGAGAUGUAUUUUGGAUGCAGGCACCAUUCCUGCCUUAAUCAAUCUAUUAAAAAGUUCCAAAAUAAAACUGCAGUGCAAAACUGUUGGGUUAUUGAGUAAUAUCUCAACCCACAAAAGUGCAGUGCAUGCUUUGGUAGAAGCGGGAGGCAUUCCAUCUCUAAUCAACCUACUGGUUUGUGAUGAGCCUGAAGUACACUCUCGCUGUGCUGUCAUUCUAUAUGAUAUUGCUCAAUGUGAAAACAAGGAUGUUAUUGCCAAAUAUAAUGGAAUCCUAAGUCUGAUAAAUCUAUUGAACUUAAACAUAGAAAAUGUGCUAGUAAAUGUAAUGAACUGUAUACGAGUAUUAUGUAUAGGAAAUGAAAACAAUCAAAGAGCUGUGAGAGAACAUAAAGGCCUCCCAUAUCUUAUCAGAUUUCUGAGUUCUGAUUCAGAUGUGUUGAAGGCUGUAUCUUCUGCUGCAAUUGCUGAGGUUGGGCGUGACAAUAAGGAAAUUCAGGAUGCUAUAGCUAUGGAGGGAGCGAUUCCUCCUCUGGUGGCUCUUUUUAAAGGGAAACAAAUUAGUGUCCAAAUGAAAGGUGCAAUGGCUGUGGAAUCACUGGCAAGUCACAACGCUCUUAUACAGAAAGCAUUUCUGGAAAAAUCGUUAUCUAAAUAUCUUUUAAAACUCCUAAAGGCAUUUCAAAUAGAUGUUAAGGAACAAGGAGCUGUUGCACUUUGGGCCUUGGCAGGACAAACACUAAAACAACAAAAAUAUAUGGCAGAACAAAUUGGAUACAGCUUUAUAAUAAAUAUGCUUUUGUCAUCAUCAGCUAAAAUGCAGUAUGUUGGAGGUGAAGCUGUCAUAGCUCUAAGUAAGGACAGCAGGAUGCAUCAAAAUCAAAUAUGUGAAGGGAAUGGAAUUGCACCAUUGGUUCGCUUACUAAGAAUUAGUACGAUUGCUGAAGGCACACUUCUCAGUGUCAUCAGAGCAGUGGGAUCCAUUUGUAUUGGUGUAGCCCAUACAAGCAAUCCUGUCAGUCAACAAUUUGUUGUAGAUGAAAAUGCCUUUCCAGUACUUAUCCAACUACUAAGAAAUCACCCUUCUCCUAACAUUAAGGUUGAAGUGGCAUUUUCCUUGGCAUGCAUUGUCCUAGGGAAUGAUGUGUUACAGAAAGACUUACAUGAAAAUGAAGGAUUUGAGUAUGCUGAUGUCCUUUAUCUUCUUCACUCAACAGAAAAGGAUAUUUGCUUAAGAGCAGGCUAUGCAUUAACACUUUUUGCCUUCAAUAAUCGCUUUCAACAAUACUUAAUAUUGGAAAGUGGAAUAAUGACCAUAUCUGUUUUUGAACGUUUUCUUGAAUCAACAGUUGAAACUGAGAAGGCAAUGGCAGCAUUUCAGAUUGUUGUACUGGCUAAAGUCAUUAGAGAUAUGGACCAUAUUACUUUGUCUGCAAGAGGUGUUACUAUUUUAGUUGAUAGUCUGUAUUCAGUUCAGACUUCUACUAUUGUCUUGACAGGGAAUUUAAUAGCAAGCCUGGCUCAUUCUAGAGCUGGUAUCCCAGAAGCAUUUACCACAUUAGGAACAAUCCAACGGCUCUGCUAUCAUUUGUACUCGGGAAUAGAAGAGGUUCGCGCAGCUUGUUCCUCUGCUCUUGGCUACUUAACAUACAAUGCAAAUGCUUUCCGCAUCCUAUUAAAAGAAUGCAGGAAUAAACCUAACCAGUUCAUUCGUAUAAAAAAUAAUAUCAGCAGAGAUGCAAGUAUUAACCCAGCAUUUUUAAAGGAAUUUCAAAUGCAACAAACACUGGUGGGACUUCCUUCCUUAAGUCUGGAGAAGAAUGGAGGACCAUCCAUAAUUCCUAUCUUUAAAAGAGGGAAGGAGCACCGAAGAAAAUUGAAACCUAAAAUUCAACCAAAAGAUUCUUUGACUUUAUUACCUCCUGUAACUAACUUCAUGGGACUCUUCAAAGCAACAAAAAAGACCAAGGAUUCCCAUAAUAUUUUUUCUUUUUCAUCUACAAUUACAUCAGAUAUCACAAAUGUAUCAAGACCAAGAAUAGUGUGUUUGAACCAACUUGGGAAACAUGUCCAGAAAGCCAACCCAGAGCCUGCAGAAGGCUAAUAAAACAUUUUAGAAUGAAA